GGGGGGGGGGUGGGAAUCGGCGGCUGCGCGCUGGCCGAGUGCGGAGGGGCUGGAGCCAAGAUGGAGCUUUCGGCGGUGGGAGAGCGGGUGUUCGCGGCCGAAUCGAUCAUCAAGCGGCGGGUGCGGAAGGGCCGCAUCGAGUAUCUGGUGAAGUGGAAAGGAUGGGCUAUCAAGUACAGCACUUGGGAACCAGAGGAGAAUAUCUUGGAUGCCCGUUUAAUCGCAGCUUUCGAGCAAAGAGAGAGAGAGAGGGAGCUGUACGGGCCGAAGAAGCGAGGCCCCAAACCCAAAACCUUCCUCUUGAAAGCCCGUGCCCAGGCUGAAGCACUGAGGAUCGGAGAGAUGCACUUCUCAGUGAAGCCCGGAUCUGGAUCGGCAGCGAAGAUUCCCAACAGCCUCGCCGCCUACAAGCUGAAGAAGAACAUCCGCCGCUGCUACCGGACGUCCAAACGGAACCUGACCCGCGCUGACCCCCAGCCGGGCCUGAGCGGGCCGAGCCGGACGCAGCUCCCGCUCCCGGAGACUGUCCGGAUCAUCAACCGCAAGGUCGAACCCCGAAAACGCAAGCGGAAUCGCAUCAUCCUCAACCUGAAGGUGAUUGACAAGAGCAGCAAGACGCUGGGCAAGGCGAAAAUCCCCUCGCGUAACAGAGUGAUCGGGAAGAGCAAGAAGUUCAGCGACAGCAUCCUCCGCAGCCAGAUCCGGCACAUGAAAUUCAAUAACUUCUCCGUCUAUGAUAAAUCCUUCCGGAUGGCGGUCGGAGACGAGAGGAGGAUGGAGAGCGGUGCUGGCACUUCGGGUUCUGAGCCGAGCUUCCGCGGCCCUGCCCUGCGUCCCGAGCCCCUGCCUGCCCCACCCUGCGCCCCCCGUUACGCCAGCGACCCGGUCCCCCCCGGCAGUGAUUGGCAGCGGUCAGGGGAUGCGCGUGACUGCGGGGCCAAGCUCCCUGGCGACUCUCCGAGCCCCGCGGUGCCCGACUGGCGAGAGGCUGAGGUUCUCGAUCUCUCGCUCCCCCCCGAGUCCGCGGCCGGCAGGCGGUCACCUUCUGCUGGCCAGGGCCUUGGCUCAGGCUCGGACACGGAGCACGAUGUGUCGGACUGGAGGCCGGAGAUGUCACCCUGCUCCAACGUGGUGGUGACAGAUGUGACGACCAAUCUCCUCACCGUCACUAUCAAAGAGUUUUGCAACGCCGACAACUUUGUGAAAUCUGCCACUGUGAAUAAGUAGCCUGGGGGCCUCUGCAGGACCUCGGUUAGCCCAGCACUCCUGCCUCCAGGGGUUAUUCCUUCUAGUAGGGUGGGAGCUUGAUGCCCUGAUGGCAUUGGACCCAGUCAGUCACAGGUGCCAUCCUCUUAGACGCAGGCUUCAAUCAUUUUAAAGCUUGCAUCUUCCCUCUUGAUGCUUUCCUCUAGAUGUGCACCUUCUCUCUUUUCUCUUGUUUCCUCCAUCUCCCGCUCCCCACCCCCCCCCAACCUCUCCUGCAUGCCCCUUCCCCCUCAUUCUCUCAUGUGCCCUCUCUCUAUACCCCUCUCUUGCGCCCUGCCCCACCUGUCUGUCUCACUCUCGCUCUUUCCCCUGCAUUCUGGCCCCCCCCCCCCCCGCCUUUCUCCGAGUGAAUAUGGAGGCAGGACUGUUGGCAUUUUUAUGUUUAUCUAUUUCUAGCUCUCGGGUGUUUCAUUUGAGAGCAUUCAGUGACACUACAUUAUCAUUUAGACAUGUGAAACUUUGAGACAGAGAGAGAAACUGCGAAUGCUGAAAAUCAGAAAUAGAAGCAGAAAGAGCUGAAAAUGCAGGGCUAGGAUUUCAGGUCUUUCUGGUUUUUUUUUAUAUAUAAAUCUCUGGUUAUUCAGCUUUGUCCAUUUUGACACCUUUUUAACUCGUAACAUGAAGCAGACAACAGCCACUUUACGGAGAUGAGACUAACUCACACAACAUCUCCGCGGCCCAGCUCACUCGAGCUGGCUGAAAUCUUCCCAGCGGCUUUUUUUUUAAAAAAAAGAGGCCGCAAUAAACUUUUAGUACAAAUUAACUUUUAUUAUAUAAGAAAAAGCUGAACGCACUUCUUAGUUAGGACUCUGUUUUAGCACAGAGUGAUAGCUGUUUGCAGCUGUGGUUAGGACUAGCCUGGGUCAGAAAUUAUAGACUCAAGAGGAUUGUUUUUGUGUAUUUCCUUUGGGAGUGGGUCCAAGCUGCCAGUGGGGAGCGGGAUCUCAGGAUGUUUCUCUCCCACUAGUGUAAGAUUAGGAUCCUUCGACUGCUGGGAGAAGUCGUUGGAGACUGACUCCCGGUCUCCUGUGCUUGGGGUACAGGGCGGGUACAGACCCCCACCGCCACCCAUCACCCUCACUUCCAUUGUGCUGUUGCUUUGUCCCCUGUUGCCUCUGAAAUUCUUGUGCUGGUGUUUUCCAGUGUGGAGACCUGAGAGUCAGACCCAUAUGUAAUGUUACGUGACAUGAUAAAGGAGUGAUUUAGGAGAGAGGCUCGUCACUGAACAGGCCAUGCCGAUUUUUAAAGUUUGCUCUCAUUGCACAAUAUAUAGAAUUCUAAAGCUUAUAGGAGAUUGUUUGUUUGCAGGGGUGGGGGUUGGUUAGUAAAAUGGAACCUGUUCACAAUCUGGUGGUGACAAUCUGUGCGCUUGUUCAGGAGCCGAGCUGAUUGUUUCACUGUUAUUUUGAAGAAUAAUGGAUAACAGUCAGGAUUAAAAGAUGCUUCUAAAGCU